GCUAUCAAAGCCAAUCGGGCUACUGGCCAGUACCCGUCACUGGCACAGAAGCACCUGAGUGGGGCUGAGUCCAUAAUCCUGGUGCGGUGGCUGGCUGGGAUAUGUUGGGCUGUGGCUUCUGUCACGAACAGCCAGCAUGAUUUGCUACGAGCUGGCGUCUUCGUUGGCCUGGACCAACUUCGAAAUACUUUUGCUGAUGCCGGGCCUGUGCUGAGUGCCCGUGAGCUGGAA